UUGAACUGUGAAGGUUUCUAUCACCAUUUUAUGAGGAACUAAUCCUGGGGAACAUUUUUAUGUAAAAAGCUCUUGCAGAACUAGCAUGUCAUACAGCUGAUAUGUGCAUGGGCAAUUUAUCACGUACUUUAUCUUUUACAGGUAAAUAUUUGAGCAUGUUAGCAGCAGUAGGUGCUGUUACAAGUUAUAACUUUUAAGCACAUAUUUUAGCCAAAUGCCAAAAAAUUUUAAGUAAUGCUAAGCAAACAAAAAUAUUAAACAUGAAAGUCUACAGUUACUCUACUAGGAUCACAUUUGUACCUGAUGAUCACCCUUCUCAAUUUAGAAAUACAAUAGAAGGCACAUGCUGGAUUUUGUAGAAAUCCUCUCCAUCUUCUUGAAGCAGACUUUUGAAUGCUCUAGUCAUCCAUCGAAUCUCCAGUUCCUUAAGAGUAGUGAUGAACAUCAUGCCUUCAGGAACAAUCUUUAGUUUAUAGCAAUCUGAAAUUCCUAGAUGAGCCAGACUACACAUGGCUCCUUCCUCCACUGUCCACUCCUCUAAAUUGGGAAGGCCACGAAGGAGCAAUAUCUUGAGUUGGGGAAAACCUUCUCUUGAGCAAACCAUUUUCUUUCCAACAAACACUUCCCACCCACUAAAGUAUCUUAAGUUUG